GGACCCAGGAGAUGCUAGUAGAGGAAGCGGAGAGAGUGUGUUUAAUAGAGGAAGUCACCAGAGAGGGUUUGCCAACUUAGCGAGAAGGGAGCGGUAGAGCUGUUUACUGGUUGCAAGUCUGUUCAGUGAGCUGCUGUUGCGAGUGCAGGAAACAUGGCUUCCAGUCCAAGUGUACUGUUGCGUCUGGUGGCCUCAGCAUAUUCUGUUGCUAACAAAGCAGGAACAAUCGUCAGGAAAGUGAUGGCUGGUGGAGAUCUGGGAAUAGUAGAAAAGUGUGGAGCUAAUGACCUGCAGACCAAAGCUGACCGAAUGGUACAGAUGAGCAUUUGUUCCUCCUUAGCCCGGAAGUUCCCUAAGCUGACAAUAAUAGGGGAAGAGGAUCUUCCCUCUGAAGAGGUGGAGGCAGAAUUACUUGAGGAUGGUCAGUGUGAGGAGAUACUGAAGAAAGCCUGUCCACUGCAGUAUGCUGCUAUCAAAGAGGAAGAGCUUGUCGUAUGGGUUGACCCUCUGGAUGGGACCAAAGAAUACACUGAAGGUCUUCUUGACCACGUAACAGUGCUUAUUGGAAUUGCUUACGAAGGAAAAGCAAUAGCAGGAGUCAUUAAUCAACCCUACUAUAACUAUGAGGCAGGUGCAGAUGCAGUCCUAGGUAGGACAAUCUGGGGAGUCCUAGGUUUGGGUGCCUUUGGAUUUCAACUGAAAGAGGUGCCUGCUGGGAAACACAUCAUCACCACUACACGGUCACACAGCAGCAAGCUGGUAAAUGACUGCAUUAGUGCAAUGAAUCCUGAUAGUGUGGUGAGAGUUGGAGGUGCAGGAAAUAAGAUCAUUCAGCUUGUAGAAGGCAAAGCUUCAGCUUAUGUAUUUGCUAGCCCUGGGUGCAAGAAGUGGGAUACAUGUGCCCCAGAGGCUAUUUUGCAUGCAGUAGGAGGCAAGCUUACUGAUAUUCAUGGGAAUUUCUUUCAUUAUAACAAAGAGGUUAAACAUAUGAAUUCAGGAGGUGUCCUCGCUGCCCUGAAAAACCAUGACUAUUACGCCAGUCGAGUUCCUGAGACAGUUAAGCAAGCCCUUGUGCCGUAAAAGACAAAGGAGGAUGCAUUUCAUGCUGCUACGAAGGAGCCUGAGAAAUCUAUAUUCAUGUUCUUAGCUGAUAGUGGCAAUGGUUUAUGGAAGGAACUGGAUCAAAGGUUCAUUUUGCCAUUGUACUUGGUUAGUGAUUUGGGGUGUGUUAUUUUUAGGUUGGGUUCGAUGGUUGAUUGGUUAAGGUGAGAGUUAAAUUUGUUUUCCAGCUGAAAUAGUGAAUUGCCUCCUAUUAGGAGGGUAGCUGUACUGCUACGUUAAUAUGUUUCGUAUAAUUAUUCCAUAUACAUUCCUAUUGAAUCAUUAAAUCAUGGUCCAGUCCCAUUUCCUUGAUGAUGUAAGGGAAGGCACAAAAACUGUAAUUGGACCUCUGAUUACCUUUAAUGGUACAAAUAGACAUGUGUACAUAGAUAUCCAUAUGUCAGCUUUUAUAUACUGAAAAAAGCCAGUUUGUCUCAAGUGGCUUCAAACUGGUUUUGAGAAUAAAGGUUAUGAUUCUUGGUUCUUA